UUUUAUCUUUUUCUCACAGCAUGUAAUGUUUUGUACAUAAACUCCGUGGAUAUGGAAUCGCUGACUGGUCCUCAGGCUGUGGCCAAAGCCAUCACUGAAACUCUUGCUGCCAGAUCCUCUCCCACAGCAACCAUUGUCCACUUCAAAGUGUCCACACAGGGCAUCACACUCACUGACAAUCAGAGGAAGAUUUUUUUUCGUCGUCAUUACCCAAUCAACAUGAUCACUUACUGCAAUUUGGACCCACAAGACAGAAAGUGGAAUAAAGCAGAGGGUGGUGUAGCAAAAAUUUUUGGGUUUGUGGCUCGAAAACAAGGAAGCACGACUGACAAUGUGACUCAUCUGUUUGCUGAGCUGGAACCAGACCAGCCUGCUUCAACCAUUGUCCAUUUUGUCUCCAAAGUCAUGCUGAACACCCAGAAACCUUGAGCGAUCUUCUAGCAACCAUCUUGGUUUCUCCAUGAAUCUGAAUUUUCUCACCAAAGAGGAUUUGGUUAUACUUAUCUUAUUUUUCCAGAGUGGAUUAUUCUUUCUACAUACAUUAUUACUUUCUUUUUGUUGAGUAACUCUGGUGGUUGGGCUCUUACUCUUUCUUCUUUGUGAAGAUUUGAAAACGAUGCUGUUUUUUUUGAGUGAAAAUCGUGCUGAAAAAAAGCAGAUUAAGACUACGUCAGGGUUAAAGUACUGUAGUAAGUGUAAAUGAAAGGGAUAAAGAUUGUCCCUCUGGCCUUCUUUAUCGGGAGGCAGGACUUUACAAUAAAAAAAUACAAAUAUAAAAUAUUAUUUAGAGAAAAUGCCAAUUUUGUGAUUGAACAACCAAAGGUAGAGUUCAGGAAAAAAAUUGUGUCUGACGAAUAUUUUCUUUUUAUUUUGUAAAAAAAAAAAAAAAGUUAAGAUCAGACAAGUCUAAAACUCCAAAUUCUUCUUUCUGUGUCCUCCUGUGAAAAGUAUGAAGAAGCCAUUUUGCAUGUUUGCUUGCAAGAAUCACAAGAGUAAGUCAUUUUCUCUGAAUUCAGAGGACAUUAGUUUGCUCUGCUGUUACUCAGAAAAGCGUUUUGCAGAACUUAGCUUUUCACUUUAAAUAACAGACCAAAUCUGUUGAAACAAAUGGAAAAAAAAAAUGUGGUCCAAAAAAUGGCAGAAAAUCACCUUGCCAAAUUGUUCACCACAUAAAGACUUGCUACACUUGCCUGUGGACAUGGAAAUAGCAACUACACUGCAGUCACUGGAAACUUUAUGCUGAGAUUCUAUUCAUACGGAUAGUAAAGAACACUGGCUCUACCCACAAAUGUCCUGGCUGUGGUAGUAGAUGUUUAGCUUUUUCUGAACUGUGCUCAACAUCCCAUUCACAGCUUUGCCCCAGUCAGUGACGAUAAUAAGACAACAUUUUGUUGCAUACUGUUUGAGUGCAUGGGUAGAUCCAUUUUGUACUUGUCUUUAAAAUGUAUUACGACAAACCAUGACAUUUAAUGAAUAUUUAUUUUUGUUGCAGUAUUACUCAUGGGUAACUAAUAUUAAAAUAUAGUGUAUAGUCUACAGAAAAAAAAAAAAAACUUGACUUAAAAGUUAAAAAGAAAUUAUUUUAGCUAAAAUAUCAAAAUCAGGUUUUGAGAAGCUCUUGAUGUAAAAUGUAUGUUACGGUUUUUGUCUUUAUUUGAAUGUGUGUUCACUGUGUCACUGUGUUAGGUGAUUUAGAAUGAAAAGGCAUGAAUGUGGAAGAAACCGAAAAAAAAUAUUUUAGAUUAUAAAAAAAAAAACACCAAUUAAUAUAUGUAUAGAAAUUUGCCAUGAGUGCUGCCAUUAUGUGUGUGAUUAAAAUAGCUCCUGGAUUGA